GAAUAAAGUAGUGCAGUAUGGAGCAGCGUGACAAGAAGCGAUACAUAAAGUUGGUGAAAUUUUGAUACUGCACGAGGUCAACAGGUGCAUGAAAAAUUGUGUGAUUGUUGACAUUAUAAGAAAUACAUGUGGAAUCUUACGACCACGUGGGCCUCACGUUUUUUAAGAAACAAGUGCCGAAACUCAAUAAAUUACUUGGAAUUAUACGAGAGGAUGAGACUGAUGUAAAGAAAAAAAUAAAUAAGUAAUUAUUUAAGGUAACAAACAAUUUAAAUCAUGAGGUGAUUAAUAGGAGAGCAAUAACAACAAUCACUCUUCUAUAUUUUACACAUGUGAAAAUUAAUUACGUUCUAAAAAUCUUCUCGUGUAUAUUAUGUACUUUGAAUUAAAAACGAACUAUAUUUACAUAAACUGAUAUGAUCAAUUUUCUAAAAAAAAUCUUAUUGUAAAUAAUACUUUUAGAUAUUGGUUUUAAUAAAAUAAUAAUUAACACGAAGCAAAAACCAAAUGCUGUGAUUAAAAUGCAGACAGUGAAACAAAGUCAAUAAAAAUAUUGAAAAGUUUAUUAUAAAAUAUUUGAAUAAUUAAUCAAUCCACGUGAGAAUCAUGGCCGAAGGAGUACCGAAAUUGAAAAAAUUCAAGCAUUCCAUUUUAUCAGAUCAUGUUGAAAGUCAAGAAUUUCAAGAAAUAUUUCGUAAACAUUGGCUAAAUCAGAUGAGUAUCAAAACAAAAAACUUGGAGAUUAUUGUGGAACCUUUUAGGGUUUGCAAAAUAUCAAAUUUCAUUAGAAGUGAAAGUUUUAUGGAUGAUUUAAAAAGUGAAUUGUCAGAAGUUCAAAGUAAGAGGUUGACUAUGGAUUUGUAUCAAUUUGAGCAGACAAAUGAUCUUGCUAAUUAUUGUACUGAUAAUAUUGGUAUAUUUCAUGAAACUUUUAAAACAACUAUGGUCACUUGGAUGGAAAAUAAUACAAAUAUUGAGUUGAGCUCAACAAUAUCAAUGACUGGAUCUUGUUAUUGUGACACAGAUUAUUUACUCUGUCAUGACGAUAAUAUGGGCGAUAGAAGAAUUGCAUUUAUCCUUUACCUUAUGCCCACUUGGUCAGCGAAAGAUGGAGGCACUCUUGAUUUAUUUGAUACUGAUGAUAAAGGUCUUCCAAAGAAUGUGGUUCGAUCAAUUGUUCCUGAAUAUAAUUCUUUGGUAUUUUUCGAAGUAUCAGAUCAUUCUUAUCAUCAAGUAGCAGAAGUGACGUCACCUGAAUUAUCAAGGUGGUCAAUUAACGGUUGGUUUCAUGGACCUCAAAGAGAAUGUCGACCGCCUCAUCCUCAAAUUGAAUGUCAGUUACUGGAUCCAAUUGAUAAAGAAGAAGAUUUAAGCUAUUGGAUAAUGGAUACUUAUCUUACAGCUGGGAUUGUUGAAGGGAUACAAAAUGAUGUCGAGAAGAAAUCUUAUACAUACCUUGGACACUUUUUGAAGCCGAAAAUGUAUGAAAAAUUGUCUCAAGAGAUAGUAGCAGAGUCAAUUAAAUGGAAAAGAGUCGGUCCGGCAAAUUUGAGAAAUUAUGAAGUGGCUGAAGCAUCGAGCUUGCCGUGUACUUUGAAAAGAUUUUAUGAUAUGUUCGGAACCAUAUCAUUCUUUCGAUUAUUAAAAAAUUAUACACAGCUAGAUCUGGUGCCUGACAACAAAAAUAUGAAGCCGCAGAUGUCAAUUGAGCUUCAGAGAUGGUCGAAAGGAUGUUAUACACUUAUCUGUGAUAAACUUUCUGAAGAAGAAAGUAGUGGUAUCGUUGAUGAAGACAAUGCUGAUGAUGAAAAAUCUAAUAUCAACAGUAGCAGAGGAAGUAUUGAAGAAGAGAAACUUCAAAAAAGAUGCAUCGGCUUGUCUCUCAGUGAUGGUUCUGGUGGAAAGAAAGUUGACAAAAUAUUAGAAACUAAUGAUGAUUGGAAUCGUGAUCCUUUUGAAGAUGAUAAGGUUCUCAGGAGUAUUCUGAAGGAUAAAAAACCUAAGGUAGAUAAGCAAGAUGAAUCAGAAGAAGCUUCUUGUUCAAAGUCUGAAGAUUACUCUAAAAGGAGUCCACCACUUCAUCCUGAUUCUGAAGAUCCAGAAGUUUCAGAUAUUGGAGAUUAUCUAUCAGAUUCUUUAUCAGAAGAUGACCAAGAUGAAGAAGAAGAGCAGGAUGUGCCCGGGACUUUAGAUGUAAUUAUGCAGUUUAAUACUAAUGAUGUGCCUGAGAGCGAGACAAUAGAUUACAUAGAUACUAAGGAACUGGACAGCGCUCUAAUUCAUAUAGCACCUGAUGAUAAUCAUCUCAGCUUAGUUUACAAACAACUGAGUACCUGCAGACUCCAUAAAUACGUUAAUCAUUACUGCGAGGGUUACUUUUACAAUCUAAUAUGUACGUAUCGUGAAUAGUCACAACUAAACAAAGAUGAAAUAGACGUGAUAGAGAAAAAGAAGAUUAAUGAAUAACAUGUCACAUUCAUUGAAUAAUAUAAUAUAUAUAUAUAUAUAUAUAUAUAUAUAUAUAUUAUAUAUAUAUUAUAUAUUAUAUGUAUAUUAUAUAUAUAUAGAUCCUUACAU